AUGCCCAGCCCUCCGGCAAACUCCCUCCUCAAUCUCCUCAACCCCUACGCCUCCGUCGCCCAGUCAUCCUAUCCCCGCGACCGCUCACAGUCAAGGGAUAGGGUCCCUCUUGACCCCCUGGACUCGCCGAGCACAGAACUGCUCCGUGAACUGCAGAGUGAUACGGUGACUCGCUCGCCACCGACAUCACCGACACCGACGCCGCGCGACCCCUUUGGGAGGAAUCCCGCCGAGGACACGAGCAGCGACGACGAACCGCCGCGGUCGCUGCUCUUCCAGGCGAGUGCCAUAAAGGGGAAGGGGCGCAUUACAAGUCCUUCGCCGGGACCAUGGAGACGGCGGCCAAGUCCCAGUAGCUCGAGUCCCAGCCGGCGAGGGUCACCCGAGCGGCCCAAAGCGCCGUUACAGGACUUGCACCGCGUCGAGUCACACGCCUCCACCGCCACGGUGUCAACCGAGCCUCCAACUCCGAGCAGCACUUCCGACCCCGCCCCACCUCAUCCUCCCACUCCGCCCACUCCGGGACCCUCCAGGCGGGCUAAGGGACGAGGAAAGCACAAGUAUUACUCCGUGCCCAGCGGCGAGCCUGACCGGUCAAGGCCGAGCGUGAGGAAGGCAGGGUUGAGCGAGUACAAUCAGGCGCUGUGGGCGUGGGCGAAUGUGGUUAACCUCGAUGCCUUCCUCCAGGAAGUUUACGAGUACUACAAGAACAAGGGGUAUUGGUGCAUCGUGCUCGCACAGGUUCUCAACUUGAUUACGAUCGCUUUCGUGAUCGGCUUCUUCAAGUUUCUUACGAGCUGCGUCGACUAUGGGCGGCUGCUCAGCUUUCACUCAGACUUUGGCGAGCAUGGGCGGCUCAACGAUGUCCUUGUUAGCCGCGGCGGCUUUUUUAACUGGGUCUUCUUCAUCUCCGGGUGUGCGUUCUUCGUGCUGCGCCUCAUGUUCUUUAUCCGAAACAUCCCGCGCCUCAACGCAUUGUGGCGCUUCUACACUUACUUGCUCGGCGUGGAAGAUUCCGACAUCCAGACCGUGCCGUGGCCUACGAUCGUGCGCCUUAUCAACGACGUAAAGAAGGACAACCCUGUCACCUCGCUUUCUAAUGGCGGUGCCAAUGCACUGGUGACUAUGGUAGGCCGCGGGGAGCCAAAGGCCAAGCUAGACGCGCAUGACAUCGCCAACCGUGUCAUGCGUCAAGAGAACUACCUCAUCGCGCUUUUCAACAAGGACUUGUUGGAUCUACGCGUGCGCAUCCCGCUGCCCGCAUCCGUGCGAAAAGUCCUCCCGCCUGCCCUCCUUCGAGGACCUCCACAGGCAACGCUUCCCAAGACUGCCGGAAUGGACGAGAUGCAGUACCUGACAUUCGGAGGGAACGUCCUCACUUUAGCCCUCGAGCACAAUCUCCGGGUUUGCUUGUUCUCGUUCCUCUUCGGGCCCACGGGCGAAGUGCGCAAGGAGGUGGUGCAUGGCAAGGGCCGCAAAGAUCUGGUCAAGAUUCUUCAACGCCGCUUUGCCCUUGCGGGCGUGCUUAAUCUUCUUUUCGCGCCGGUGAUCGUGUUGUACAUCCUCGUCUACUCCUUCUUCCGCUACUUCGAGGAGUAUCACAAAAAUCCCUCCUCCAUGGGCGGCCGGCAGUACACCCUCUACGCGCAGUGGAAGUUCCGCGAGUUCAACGAGCUUCCUCAUCUCUUUGAACGCCGCCUUAACCAGAGCUACCCCAUUGCGAAGGAGUACAUUGAUCAGUUCCCCAAGGAGCGCACCGCAUUAGUGAUGCGCUUUGUCGCUUUCAUUGCAGGCGCGUUUGCCGCCGUGCUCGCUGUCGUAUCCAUCCUCGACACCGACCUGGCGCUCAAUUUCGAGAUCACGCCGCACCGAUCUGUCGUCUUUUACCUUGGCAUCUUUGGGAUCAUCAUGGCCGUUGCCCGCGGAAUGAUUCCCGAGGACACCCUUGUUUUCGACCCGGAAUAUCUCAUGCGCGAAGUUGUUCGAUACACGCAUUACCUUCCACUCGAGUGGGAAGGCAAACUACACUCGCCGACUGUGCUGGCGGACUUUGGCCAGCUAUUUGCGCUCAAGGUCAUGAUUUUUGUCCAGGAGAUUGUCUCGGUCCUCCUGACCCCUUUCAUCCUCUGGUUCAGCCUGGCACCAUCCAGCGGCGCAAUCAUCGACUUUUUCCGUGAGUUCACAGUGCACGUCGAGGACCUCGGCUUUGUGUGUUCUUUUGCCGUCUUCGACUUCCAUCGGCCUGGCAACAUCGGGCCGGAAGCUGCUGCGGCAGCCGCUGCAGUGGAGGAGACAACGCCUGUUGGUAUGGGGAGGCGAUUGAGCGCUCGACCCGCGACGGCCGCCCCGCCCACAGCUCCUCCCGCGCCUGCUCGCAACGUUAACGACAACAAAAUGGAGAAGAGCUUCCUGCAUUUCAAGGCCACGCAUCCAGACUGGCAGCCCAGCGACCCAUCGUCGUCGGUCUUCCUCGAUCGGCUAAUGGCGGCUGUACCCCACUCUGGGCAGCCCGCGCCCCGCGCUGGGGCGUCAAUGUACCAUGGGGGUCGGGGGCUGGGACUGGGCGUUCACCCCGGCAAGACAAUCCGCUCACCGCCAUCGACGUCUCCCGAGAUGAAGUGGCACUCUCUUCCUGGUGUGGUACAGCCACAGGGGCCGCUCGCAACAAUGGCUGAGAGCAACGAGGACGACGGCGAGGCCGAGGCGAUGGGCUGGAACCGGCGUGUCGAGAUCGACGACAGCGUGCCUGAAGGGGAACGAGGAUUGCUGCGCGGGGCGGGCAUCUUGCUGCAGCAAGUCAUGAACCGCUGA